AUGGAAACUCCCUGGGCGACUCAGGUCUCUGGAUGGGGAUACGAAUGGGAUUGGCCACAGUCGUGGCACGGGGCCUGGAAUGAACCAGGCCAGAACAUGAGCUACAUGACGAGCGACAGCACGACGCCGGCUCAAUCCUCUUCACGGGAUGCAGGACUGCCUGGGGAAACGGCGAGUCCUAACACUACUCCAGAGGCUGCGGCAACUCUUGCCGGGGCUAGCGCUGCUACGACUUCGGUCCCUACUACGCGAUUGGCGGCCUCCUCUGGAGGUGCAGAUGAUCCUAUGGCUGUGGACGAUCCCUGGCUUCAGGCGGCUCAGCAGCUUGUUCGGAUGACGACCCGGAAUUCGGGUGCCGGACAGGAGACCUCCAAUGCGCGGCGCAUCAGACGGCCGCGGCCUGGCCUCAGACUUGGCCUUCGUUUGCGAUAUCCUAUGUCGGCACCGCCACCUACGAUGACAGCUGGGGUCAUGGCGGCAUGCGCGGAGCUCCUCCUGGACAAGGCGGCGUUCCUCUCGGAUUACCCGGUUCAGCUGGUCCUCUACUACCCGAUCCGGGACACGGCGGACGUCACGGAGCCUUGCCGGGACUUGGAGACAUUCCCCUGGAUUGCAAGGCUCGAUGGCUUGGCUGCCAGUCCUUCAUGGAACUCCGGAGGGCCUUGCGGACCAAGAUGGGGACCCAAUCAGGCCUCGGGCAUGCUCCCCUCGAACUACAAAGGGGAGUACUCGGAUCCUCCCUCAUGGCCGGGAUGGUCAUACAGGCGCCAAUGGGUGACGUCGAUCAGGAGAUGGAACAAGCAGACCGACAUCCCGGUGUUUAGAAGGGCUGAAAAGGUUCUGAGAACAUUGGGUUGGGAGCUCCAAGUGGAUUUCGAGCACUUGACGGAGGCCCAACUCAGCUCCGAGUACUACCUCGAGUACAUCUUGCAGAUCAUUGAGAUGAAGGCCGGAGUUCGAGAGGAUGACGAGAGAAGGCAGGCCUACCGCCGGGUGAUGCACGACGUCGGUAGGCGUCGCGAUGAGACUCUGGCCCAGUACUCUAUGAGGCGCCUUCGAGACUUCACUCGUGCAGCGUCAUUUGGAGUUCAGUUGCCGAACGAGUUCCGAGCGGCGAUGCUGAGAGAGGGAGCCGGGCUAAGUGAACAGGGCCUUCAGAAUUUGACGGCUCUGAUGCAAGGCCGUGACAAUGAGGUUGAUCUUCUGGCGGCUACCUUGGCCAGGAUGGAUCCGCGGACUGACAAGGUCUCUGCCUUCGUGGAUCCGGUGGAAGCGCCAGGCAGCGCUACCUUCAUGGCCGACCUCGACCAAGGCAACGAGGACUCUUCCGACACCGAGGAGGGGAUCCCCCAGGAAGUCCUGGAGGAUGAGAGCGUGCUCGCCGAGCUGACCGAGAUGAACUUCACGGAGGAGCAGGCGGCCUAUGUGUUCGUCAUGGUGGAGAACAGACCUCCGUUUCGCCGGAGGUCCUGGAAGGAGAACAAGAAGUUCAAGGCAGAUAUGCGAAAGGACCGUGGAAGCUUCAUGAAGGGCAACUCUGGCGGUUCUGCGAACCGCUCCUCCUCCUCCGGACCGCGCGGCAAGCUCACCAAGGAGCAGCUGAAGAAGAUCUCGAAGUGCAAUACUUGCGGGAAAAGAGGCCAUUGGUCCGAGGACUGUCGUCAAGCAUCUACCACCGGAGCCACGACGGCCUCUUCUGCUGCGCCCCGGAUGUCGGGUUUCUGCUACUUGGGAGGAUCGAGUAUCACCUCGGGAUCCUCACACUUGAGCUUCAUGGCCUGGGAGCCAGGGGAACGCGGCUUCUAUGGAGGUCUCGGAGACGUUCCAAGCUGGGGCUAUCUGACCAUACCUCCUGGCUUGGCGAUCUUGGACACUGGUGCUACCCAGGACAUCAUCGGCGACCACGCGCUCGCGGCUCUGGAGAACGAGUCGCCCCAGAAGGGCUUGCAGGCCAUCACGGUUCCGACUCCAUCCUCGGCGCCUACUGGGAUAGGAGGGCAGGCGAAGGUCCUGAAGGCGGUUCUGAUCCCGGUGGCUUUCGGCGGCAUCCCUGGGGUCGUUCGCUUCAUCGUCAUCGAGGGGCCGGUUCCACCGCUACUUUCGGUCGGCUUGUUGGCCCACUUAGGCGUCCGCCUGGAUUUGGAGACCGAGGAGAUCCAAUUCAAGGCUUUGGACAUAAGCAUGCCUAUGACUCGCCUUCCGUCGGGCCACCGUACAGUGCCAUUGCUACAGUGGGACGGAGGCCACUUUUCCACUCCCGAUACCGCGUAA